CAAAGAUAUUGGAUAAUAAUGGAUUCAUCUAACGAAAUAAUUGGUUAACAAUGAAAAGAUGAUUUUAUGAAAUUAGAUCUUUGCGAUGGUUACUUUGAAUCAUAGAAAGUCAGAAAGAAACAAACAUACGCCUGAAAAAUCUAUAUAAACCUAACAAUUUCUAGUAAGAUUGUUAUACUAUUUUGAACGGAAAGAUGAGAUAUACUUCUCUAUCUGGUCUGUUGAUACCGGUUUAUUUGGUCGUCAUCGUGCUUUCUAUAUUCUUCGACUGUCAGGAUAUCUGCAAAAACCCUGAAUUAGCGACAUAUGAAAAUGUGAUUUCGGAAGACGGUUUAUAUAAAAAUUCUCACCAUUAUUAUUACUCACGAACAAUAAGUCACUAUCAGACUUAUCCAGUUGUUAGUGACAGUUUUAAAAAAUUUAGUACCCCUCAGAAUGCUACACCGAAAUUUUCGUUUAAAUAUUACGGUAAUAACGUCAAUAGAUUUGAGAUUUCUCGUGAUGGCGAAAUAAAAAUAUUCGGAGAAAAAAAGUACUUCGGAAAUAUAUAUCAUUAUGUUUACGGCAAAUCUUUUCCUGAAUAUGAGAUGGUAGACAACAAUGAUUUCAUUGCUGUCAAUUGGUAUUUUCGGAUGCUUCAUGACGGUACAAGUAUGAAAGCCAAGAUAACUAGUGUGAUACAUUCCGGUGGGAAGAUAUCCCUCUAUUAUGCAAACAUCCCCACGGAACGAGAGGAAAGUCCACUGACCUCUAUAAUUGAAGGUGUAAUUCAGUGUGCAGGUAACAAUUAUUGCUGGUAUUUUGAUGUAGAGUAACCAUGUCGACAGAUUUCUGUUAUUAUUAUAAGAAGCUUUAUUCAACAUUAUACUUUUCGUACAACAUAGAAUUCUCAGCAUAAAGUAUUUCAACAAGUUUCUUUUUCUUAUAUCUUGAUCGAUUGUGACGAUAAAUUUCGAAUGAUGACCAGUUAGAUGUUAGGAAUUCGAUAAUCCGCAUUUGAUUAAUGUUUGUUCGUUUCAAUGCAUAUUGCCAGCCACCAUGAUGUCGCUGAUUGUACCUUUCUGUAUCCCGUAUAGCGAAAGGUUGUAAACUUUUCAUAAACGCGCCCGAAUAGAUUGUCAGCACAAUAGACAUAUUGAUAUGCUAAAACGAACAACAAAACAGAUAACUUGAAGAAAUAUAUAGAUCGAAGGAACAGGUAGCCCAGAUAUUCAAGCAGGCCGCCGGAAAAGUGUUAUAUUACUUUCCAUUCGUACACGGACAUCUGCAUGUCAACAUAGUAGCCUGCUGUUUUCGCUCACAGUGAUCAUGUAUAACUGUAUUACAGUCUACA